AUGUUUCGACCACAGUUGAGGCAUCUUUCUCUGCGCUGCGAACGUGUCAAGAUCGGGCUUUCCACGCCGGCCCGGCAGUUCUCCUACACCCCUACGGUGGCAGAAGAGCAGCCCCAGCCUUCUGCAAACCACACCCCGAAUCCUCGUCCUGCGGGUCCCAACCGCCGACCUCACAACUCCAACGGCCCUCGCUCUACCCCGAAUAAUGCCCGCCCGCCACGAGUGAUUGACGCUAGAUCCUUUGCUGCGUCCAAGGCUGGUGGGGGAGAGCAAGCUAAAGUCAUCCGCAGCCCCAGGUCUCGUAACGUUCGGCCCGGCGGUCAACCCCCAAAGAGAAACGCGACGCCAACGGCCAAGGGAGGCAAGCCCAAGGGGAAGGGCAAGCGUACAGCUCAACGUGGAGCCAAAUCGGCCGAGGACACCGCAGGUGAAGAUGCACAAGCGGCGCUCAUUGAACAGAUUCAGCAAGAACAAGUCAUUCAAUCUCGUCCAACUGCUGUUCGCUACGAGCCGGUGGAGAUUGAUCUCUCUUCUUUGAGAAACACCUGGCCUCAAAUACCCACCGAUGCGAAUGCGCACUCGGCCACCGUGUACCAGGAGCUUUCCCGCCGAAGCGGUCGCAUUGCCGGAGGUUAUCUCGCCAUCAGUGAGCUCGGACGCCGACUUCAACGGCAGCAAAACGUUGUUUUCCACAGUGAGAGCGAGAAGGCCGAAGCCUUGGAAGAGGCCAACCGUUUGAGCCGACAAAUCGCCAACCAAGUGUCAGAGCGUCGUGGUGAGCUUUGCGAGGCCCACGAAGUCCAAUUCCGUCAAACUGGCCCCGAAUCCCCCCGGAUCCAGGCAAUCAUGAAGUCGCGCGUCGUGGGGCAAUACCCGCUCAAGAAAUCGGAGGCUGAUGCUCACCCGGCGCUGGUUCAGCUGCAAGAAAAGCUCCGGAACAAUCGGACCUAUACCGGGCAGAGCGGGAAGUUCUUGGAUGAGAUGAAGCGUCUCAUGUCAUAG